AGCCGUGUCGCGAAAGAAAAAUUCACGCUAGCGCCUCCCGUCCGCACCUGCCCACAUCAGCACCACGCCAUCGCGCCCCGCCCGAGCGCCAGCGCCGGUCGCCAUCCCUCUUCGCCGCCGCCACUACGACGCCAUGCGCCGGUUCGCAGCCGACAGGGCGCGCCGCGCGGUGGCCGCGUCCCUGCGGGGCGCCGCCUCCUCCAGAUCAGCCGCGGCGUCGCCCCUCGCUCCGGCGCCGUGCCAUCCAGCUCCUCCCGUGGGGGCGGCGGCGAUGGCGGCGGCCCUGGCCAGGACCAUGUCCACGGCAGCCGCGGGCACGCCCCCAGUGUCGCUGAAUACCAUCAACCCCAAGGUCUUGAAGUGUGAAUAUGCAGUUCGUGGAGAGAUUGUUACACAUGCUCAGAACUUACAACAAGAAUUACAGAAAAAUCCAGAUUCACUUCCUUUUGAUGAGGUUUGUAUUUGGAUGGUGUCAACAACUACAUCUCUACUCUUAUUGCUUUCGAUGAUCAAUGGACUUAGUUACAUUUAUCUAUUUCAAUGGCAGAUACUUUACUGCAAUAUUGGAAAUCCCCAAUCCCUUGGCCAACAGCCAGUUACAUAUUUCAGAGAAGUCCUCUCUUUAUGUGAUCAUCCAGCUCUCUUGGAUAAAAGUGAAACUCAUGCUCUAUACAGUUCAGAUGCUAUAGAGAGAGCAUGGCAAAUUCUGGACAAGAUACCAGGAAGAGCGACGGGAGCCUAUAGCCAUAGUCAGGGUAUAAAAGGUUUGCGUGAUGAAAUUGCUGCUGGAAUUGCUGCCCGUGAUGGGUUUCAUGCCAGCGGAGACAACAUCUUCCUAACAGAUGGAGCAAGCCCAGCAGUGCACAUGAUGAUGCAAUUGUUAAUAGGGUCUGAGAAGGACGGCAUUCUCUGCCCUAUUCCACAGUACCCGCUGUAUUCUGCAUCGAUUGCUCUUCAUGGUGGUUCCCUUGUUCCUUAUUUCCUUGAUGAAGAGACAGGGUGGGGACUUGAGGUCGAUGAGCUAAAGAAACAACUGGAGGAGGCUCGGUCUAAGGGCAUCACUGUCAGGGCACUUGUUGCCAUAAAUCCUGGAAAUCCAACGGGACAGGUUCUUGCUGAGGAAAACCAAAAGAAAAUUGUCGAAUUCUGCAAGAAUGAAGGACUUGUUCUUCUUGCGGAUGAGGUUUACCAAGAAAAUAUAUAUGUUGAAGAUAAGCAAUUCCACUCAUUCAAAAAAAUUGCACGAUCAUUGGGAUACACUGAUGAUGAUCUUCCCUUGGUAUCAUUCCAGUCGGUUUCUAAAGGCUACUAUGGAGAAUGUGGAAAACGAGGUGGUUACAUGGAGAUAACUGGAUUCAGUCCUGAAGUACGGGAACAGAUUUACAAGUUGGCAUCAGUAAAUCUGUGCUCCAAUGUCUCAGGCCAAAUACUUGCUAGUCUUGUAAUGAACCCACCAAAGGCUGGGGAUGAAUCCUUUGAAUCCUUCAUGGUAGAGAGGGAUGGUAUCCUUUCAUCAUUGGCUCGGCGUGCAAAGGCUUUGGAAGAAGCAUUCAAUAGUUUAGAAGGUAUCACAUGCAACAAAGCUGAGGGUGCAAUGUAUCUGUUCCCACGCCUUCAUUUACCCCAGAAGGCGAUUGGAGUUGCCCAAGCAGCUGGCACUGCCCCAGAUGCAUACUACGCCAAACGCCUACUAGAAGCCACUGGAAUUGUCAUUGUCCCUGGUUCUGGUUUUGGACAGGUCCCUGGAACAUGGCACUUCAGAUGCACUAUCUUGCCCCAGGAGGACAAAAUGCCAGCAAUCAUAUCGAGGUUCAAGGAGUUUCACGAGAAGUUCAUGGAUGAGUUCCGUGAUUAAAUAUACAGACUUGUACCAAAAGGUGCUGACACUGGGCGUCCACCUCAGACUCGGCAUACCAUCAGUUUUUCUGUCAGAGGCAUUCUGUAAUUUUUUUCUGUUGAAAUAAUAAGGUCACCCAUGGCGUCCCUUCAUCCUUUGGAUGCUACAGCCAAACUGUUCCCAGCUUUUAUUACAGAAUCUCGAGCGUGGCAAAACCAUGCUUCUGUUUGCCUUGUGAUAAGUGUAAUUUAGGCUCCUGGCCCUGACGUGUACAAACUUACCCGAAUUUUGAGGUCAAUUGAAAUUACUCAGCACAUCCCUGAA